AUGGCUUCAGAAGAGGUUCCACAUUUGUUCCCCUCUAUGCUAGAGGAGCAAAACUCAUUAACCCUGAAGGAUCGGGUCUCAGGUUCAUCAACUCAAAAUCUAGACCCAUCGACAUCAAGAGUAGGAUCGCCAAAGCUAUUAGACGAGAAUAUUGGACACGGUUCAAAGACUUCAGGAGAGCGUCUAGAAUUUUCAACUCAAUUCCGAGACCCGCGUUCAGAGGAUGUUUCAGAUCACUUGACCUCCGGAUUAGAGUACCCGAAGCGAUCGAGAGCAUCGAGUGGAAUAGAGGUUGGAAAACUCGCCAACUCUGAGAAAGAGCUGAUAAAUUUCUCAACUCACCAGGAAAAUCUACCAGAUGCUUUGAAAAGAACUCAUGACAACUUCAAGAUAGCUCUAAUGAACACCGAUAAUCUUUAUGUUUUUUUGUCGCAAGAGUGUUUCAGGAACAAAAAGCACUGGUCUCCAUAUUCACGAGAGUGGUCAAAAUCGCUGAGCCCCUACAAGAAUUUUAUGAAAAAUAUUGGUGAUGUCAUGAUGAAAAACCAAGAGGAAAAUAUGGCGGAGUUUCUUUUGUCAAUUGCACGCCUUCGCGCUAACGGUUUCGAAAAUUUUUCAAUAUCUAAAAGAUUCAAGUUCAAAAAUUAUAAUGAGGAAAUCAUCGACUCCUUGGGAUUGGGUUGUGAAGCACUCAAAGGCAAGACAUCAGUCUAUUUGAAUAGACUUCGUGUUAUAGGCAUUAUCCAGUAUCUCAAGGACUAUUUGCCUCAGAACUCAAAAUCUCUGGAAGACGGAUUUGCCCAACACAGCUUAAGCUUCCAGACUGCUUUAGAGCUCUUCUUCACCCGUGAUCAUCGCAAAGCUCUGGCAGCUGAGAUAGAAUCCCAUUUCACCAAGCGGCUUGAGCGGAAAUCCCCCGAUGUUAGGGAAUGUUUUGAUCGCGCUGCUUUCAUGUCACGCCAUGAAGAUUCUAUAAAAGAAGGUCUUUCGCGGGACUACCCACAGGGAAUCCAUGUUUUGACCUCGCGCUACUUGUUGGGAAAUCGACUUCCUAAGGAUGAAGGGACGAUCAAAAAAUUCACAUCAGAGCUUAGAAACUUGAUAGCCGGAAACACACUGAGUGGCGAAGACGCAACUUAUGCCAAUGCUAUGAUAGCCUACUUGUGGAGAUUUCCCGAGUACAGAGGAGAGAUUGUCCAGUUGUUAACCCAUGAGAAGUUCAUGACAAAUUUCUUGAAGCCAAAGGCACAAGAAGCAAUCAAAUUAUUCUUGGAAAAUAGGGACCAUCAUGUUGAAUCAGGUAGAAAGGCGUAUACUCUUGCUUUAGGCCUGUUAGAAGAUAAAUUACCGCCAACCGAUAACUUGAUUCAAACAAUUUUAGACGCAAUGAAAUCCGACCCGCUUGACAUGAGCGAAAAGGUAGAAUUACUUCAUCUCCUCAAUGCGAGGUUUGUGAUCCGGCCAGAAUCGAGGCCUAUGCUGUUUGACAAAAUUUACCGUGAUCAAACUGAUCUUCACGUGGCGGAAGUCUGGAGUUACAUCGGUUCGCAGCAGCCGAUAUUUCAAACCCCAUUGGAUGACCUUGAUGCGAUGGUGUUCAGAUUACAUCCUGCGCUAUUGACAUCCUCAUUCAGAAGAGCACUGGGUGCAAAAUUACGAGCUCAAGAAAAUGAGGAUAUGAAAUUGGUUGGUCAAUCUUUGGCAAACCUUCCACGCCUUGAUCACCAAGAAGCACUACCAAAAUCACAGGCUCUUUAUGAUCAGAUGGAAUCUAUUCUAUCAAGUGUAGCAGACGCACGCCAACAUUUCGGAUGCUUCGAAGUCUAUCUACACUUAUUGUGGUACAAUCCACAAUUUGCUACUCAACUUAUCACAUCGAUGGUCCACAAAGACUACCUCAACGAUAACAUACUCUUCUUUGCAAAUAAAGUCCUUGGUAAGACGGCAGACACUUCAGGUAUUGCAAGGGAACAAUUAACAAUCUUCUCAACGAUCUUGAAGAAAAUCCAUUGGGAAAUUCAGGAUUUUAGAUCAGACGCAUCCGCAGGAGAAAGCCAGGGGCUUCCUCAACGUGAAGCCAAAGCAAUUCAGUCGUGGGCCCAACAAUUGUCCCCAAUAACGCCCAUAUGA